AUGGAAGAUAGCAAGGAGACUGUCAGUAUUUUAAAUACUGAAGCUUUGGAUUAUACAAGCGAUGUGCAAUCAAUUGUCACUAUUCCUGAUGAGGAACCAACUCAAUCUACAUCCGGCUCAAAUAAAAAUCUAGAUGUUCAAAUCCGUUCACAAGAGCUACAAAUCAGAGAGGUUGUUGCUUUAGAGCGUAUUUGCGAUGCAAUUGAAAAUGCACCUAAAGCCCAAGUAGAUGUGUCUAAAGCCCAAGAAUGUGAAUUUAAAGAGCAUUUUCGAGUAAAUCGUAACACAUUUAAUUUCCUAGUUAAUGAAUUGCAUCCACAUUUAGGCAAAACUACCACAACUAUGCGAGAACCUAUUUCAGUAGUAAAACGUGUUGCAGUUGCAUUACAUUAUCUAGCUUCAUGUGAAGAGUAUCGUGUUGUGUCUAGCCUUUUUGGCAUAGGAAAGUCAACAGCAAAUUUAAUUGUUCAUGAAUUUAUUAAUGCUGUUAAUGACAUUUUGCUCCCUAAAUAUGUUAAAUUUCCAUUUUUUCCACAAUGCGUUGGAGCUGUUAAUGGAUGCCACAUCCCUAUUUCAGCCCCUAAAGAUCAAGCAAUUUCUUAUUAUAAUUAUAAAGGGUGGUAUUCCAUUGUACUUUUUGCCGUUGUAGACAGUCGAUACCGUUUCAUUUAUACAAGUGUUGGAUUGCCUGGUAGAAAUAAUGACAGCUAUAUUUUGCAGAAUUCUUCUUUGAAAGAAAUUUUAGAAUCAAAUCUAUUUGAUAAAUGUUGUAAAGAGCUGGGCGAUUCUCUUGUUCCACUAUGUUUGAUAGGUGAUUCAGCAUUUCCUUUAACGCGUCAUUUGUUAAAACCUUAUCCUGAAAAUUUGGAGCUUAGUGAAAUUCAAAAAAAUUUCAACAAAAUACUUUGCGGAGCUAGAAGAGUAGUUGAGAAUGCCUUUGGGCGCGUUAAAGCUCGAUUCCGUGUAAUUUGCAAACGUAUGGAAUGCGAUAUUAACUUUGCUACAAGAAUUGUUAAUGCUUGCGUCACUCUUCACAACAUUUGUGAAUAUUAUGACGAUAUUAUUAUAAUAGAAUGGCUUAUGCAUCAUCAUGAUGACAGUCUAGCUCAACCCAAUUCAGUUUCUACAACUGGGAACAAUGGACCAGGAAAAAAUGUUCGUGACUCAAUUGCUAAAUACCUUUAUAAAAGGGACAAGUAA